AUGAUUUACCUCUUUGUCUAUUUGAUUCUGCAAUUCUUAUCUUCCAUAUACCUGCUCAUCCAAUGUGGAGGCGGCAAAAAAGCCAAGAAAGAGGAUAAGCCUGCCGCACCAGCACCACCUAAACCACCUGAGAAGCCUAAAGAAGGAGAGAAGAAGGAAGGUGAGAAGGAAGGUGAAAAGAAAGAAGAGAAGAAGGAAGGAGAGAAAAAGGAGGAAGAAAAGAAGGAGGGAGAGAAGAAGGAGGGAGAAAAAAAAGAGGAGAAAUCGAAGCCCGAUGAGAAGAAGAGUGGAGAGAAGGAUAAGAAAGAAGGAGAAGAGAAGAAAGAAGGAGAGAAGAAGGAGGGAGAAGAAAAGAAGGAAGGCGAGCUCAAACUGGAUCCCACUAUGGCAUCCGCUGAUGAUGAGAAGAAAAAAUCAAAGCAGGAAGCAGUGGCUCUUUCGAGGUCUUCUAGGGGGAAGCCUGAUGAAAAAAUCAAACUGAGCGCGAGUAGUCUAGCAUGGGAGGAUGCAGAGUCACAGCAGGUUCUGAAAGUGACAAACGAAAAUGAUAAGAAGCAAGCGCUCAAGAUCAAAUGUUCCAACAACGCUUUAUUCAAAGUGAAUCCUGUAUUCGCAAUGAUUGAUGCAGGAAAAGAUCUUGAGAUAGUUGUGACUCGCAAGGCCGGAGAACUAAAAGCCGAGAAACUGCUGAUACUAACAACUCCGUUCGACGGUACCGAAGCGGAGAAGGCAUAUGAAGAUAAGGAGCUUGUACCUGCGUGUGCGACCGUGCCAAUGGUCCCAAAGUAG